AUGAAUCUAUCUGAGCUUGGAGAAUCUGCAGCCUUCCCCAGAAGACAUAAACCUGAGCUUUUACAGCCCCUGGCCUUUGAUGGGAAGAAGAAAUGUUGGGUUUAUGAUGGGAAGAAUGCUUAUAUCAAGGCUGAGGGAAGUGAAGGCGAUAGAAAAAUAAUUGUACAAACUAGAGAUGGAAAGUUCAUAGACAAAUGUGGAGUGUUAUGGCAAAGUCUGAGUCUCAAGGACACAAUCCAGCAGAUGAAUCCUGCGUUUGACAUGAUCAAAGAUGUGGCCAUGCUGUUUCACCUCAGUGAAGCAUCUGUGCUGCACACUCUGAAGAGACGCUAUGAACACUGGAUGUAAAAAUCUUAUACGUAUUCAGGUCUCUUCUGUGUGGCUAUAAACCCUUACAAGAGACUCCCAGUAUAUCAGAAGGAGGUCAUGGCUGCUUACAAAGGGAAGAGGCGAUCCGAGGCUCCCCCUCACAUCUUUGCUAUUGCUGAUAAUGCCUUUCAGGAUAUGCUUCGCAGUAGAGUGAAUCAGGCUAUACUCUUCACAUAAGUAGGAAAAUCUGGUGCUGGAAAGACUGCGAACACCAAACAUAUUAUCCAGUAUUUUGCUACCACAGCAGCCACAAGUGAAUCCAAGAAAAAGCCGGGUUAUUUGGAAGAUCAAAUUGUGCAGAUAAAUCCUAUUUUGGAAGCAUUUGGAAAUGCAAAAACUCUGAGAAAUGACAACUCUUCUCAUUUUGGAAAACUUGUCAGGAUAUACUUUGGUAUGAGAGGCAUGCUGCCAUCUGCAGACAUUCAGAUCUGUAAAUUUGCUCGAAAAUCCAGGAUAAUUUACCAGCAACCCGGAGAGAGGAACUUCCACAUAUUCUGUCAAAGUCUGUCUGGAAAACAAGAACUUCAGAACAUACUCCUGGUGUCCACAAAUCCAUCUGACUUUCACAUUUGCUCCUGUGGAGAGGUUGCUGUGGAGAGCUUGGAUGAUGCUGAAGAAUCGCUGGCCAAGAAAGCCAUGGACAUCUUGGGCUUUCUUCCUGAUGAGAAGUAUGGUUGCUAUAAACUUACUGGAGCCAUCAUGCUCUUUGGAAACCUGAAGUUUAGAUAGACUCCCAGAGAAGACCAACUGGAAGCAGAUGGCACAGAAAAUGCUGACAAAGCUGCUUUCCUCAUGGGCAUUAAUUCCUAUGACUUGGUGAAGGGCUUGAUUUAUCCUAGAAUCAAAGCUGGUAAUAAAUAUGUUACCAGAAGUCAAAAUUUACAGGCAGUAACCUAUGCUUUUGGUGCCCUGUCCAAGUCAAUAUAUGAAAGGAUGUUUACAUGGCUGGUGGCACGCAUGAACUGGAUCCUGGAUGCUGGGCUGUCAAGGCGCUUCUUCACUGGCAUUCUUGACAUCACAGGUUUUGAAAUCCUUGAUUAUAAUAGCCUUGAGCAACUUUCCAUCAGUUUUACCAAUGAACAAUUACAACAGUUUUUUAAUCAACAUAUGUUUAUACUUGAGCAAGAAGAAUAUAAGAAAGAAGGCCUUGACUGGGUAUCCAUUGACUGUGGUCUUGAUUUGCCAGCCUGCAUAGAUCUCAUUGAGAAGCCCAUGGGCCUCCUUUCCAUCCUUGAAGAGGAAUGUAUGUUUCCUAAGGCUACUGACAUGACAUUCAAGACCAAACUAUUUGAUAAUCAUUUUGGAAAGCCAGUUUACUUCCAGAAACCCAAGACUGAUAAGAAGGGGAAAUAAGAAGUUCACUUUGAACGUGUUCAUUACGCUGGAGAGGUACCUUAUAACAUCAGUGGUUGGCUUGGAAAGAACAAAGACCUGCUUAAUGAAACAGUGGUCGCUCUAUUUCAGAAGUCUUCCAACAUAAUCCUGGCAAGUCUUUUUAAAAGUUGCAUGAGCUCUAACAGUGGUUUACAGUUUGGGGAGAAGAAACAAAAGAAAAGAGCUUCAUUCCAAUUGAUAACAUCUCUGCAUAAAGAAAACAUAAAUAAAUUGAUGACUAAUUUGUCAACAGAGCCUCAUUUUGUAAGAUGUUUAAAUCCCAAUGUAAACAAAAUGCCAGGUGUACUGGACCCUUUCUUGGUUCUCCAGCAGCUGCGUUGUAAUGGUGUCUUGGAAGGGAUUAGCGUAUGCUGUGAAGGUUUUCCUUCAUUUGAGUCAUAUGAUCCCCCCACCCCAUUUCAAAUUAGGUACUGCAUUCUAAACCCAAGGAUCUUUUCAAAGAGCAAGUUUGUGAGCAGCAGAAAAGCAGCUGAGAAACUACUUAGCUUCUUGGCGAUAAACCGUAACCAGUACCAAUUUGGAAUCACGAAGGUAUUUUUUAAAGUUAGCUUUCUGGACCAAUUGGAAGAAAAAAGAGAUGAGAAAGUAUCUAAGAUCUUCACAUUGUUCCAGGCCAGAGCCGGAGGAAAACUGAUGCGUAACACAUUCCAGAAGAUUCUAGAAGAAAGGAAUGAGAUUUUUUUGAUCCAAGAGAACACAAGAACUUUCAUGGCUGUGAAGAAUUAGCCUUGGAUUGGGGUCUUCUUCAAGAUCAAGCCCAUUGCUAAGUCUGUAAGAGUCGAACAGGAGAUAUUUAGACUGAAAGAAGAGUGUGUACAACUACAGAAAGGUUUGGAGAAUUCAGAAUCUCAGAGGGAGGAGCUGAAAACAAAGCAAGUCUCCCUUAUCCAAGAAAAGAAUGAGCUGCUUCUCCAGCUGCAGGCUAUGAGUGAGACCCCGGCAAAUGUUGAAGAGCAGUGCCAUUCUCUAAUUAAAUCCAAGAUGCAGCUGGAGGCCAGAGUCAAGGAGCUAUCUGGGUGGGUGGAGGAAGAAGAGGAGAUAAAUUCUGAGCUGACUGCCAGAGGGCAGAUACUAGAAGAUGAAUGUUCUGAGUUGAAAAAUGAAAUCGAUGACCUGGAAACAGUGUUGGCAAAGUUAGAGAAGGAGAAGCAUUCAGCAGAGCAUAAAAACCUGACUGAGGAUGUGCAAUCUAUAAAUGAAGAUAUCAUCAAACUUAAUAGAGUAAUGCUGGCUGUGCAGGAGGCCCAUCAGCAGACCCAGGAGCACCUGCACAUAGAGGAAGAGAAACUGAGCAACACACGCAAAGCAAUUCAGAGACUGGGGCAGCAAGUUGAUGUUUUGGAAGGUGCCCUUGAUCAGGAGAGCAAAGCCAGAAUGAAGUGUGAGUGGGAGAAGUGCCAGCUGGAGGAAGAUUUGAGGAUGAAUCGGGAAGGCUUGGGGAAGCUGGAAAGCAGCUGGCAGCAGCUCACAGAGCAGCUGAGGAAGAAGGAAGUAGAAAUGAGUCAGAUGAAUUCAAAGGUGGAGAAUGAGAGAGGCCUGGUUUCUCAGCUUCAGAAGAUGGUAAAAGAGCUUCAGAUUCAGAUAUGAAAUUUGAAAGAGGAAUUAGGGACUGAAAGGACAACUCAAGACAAGGUAGAAAGAGAGAGAGCUGAGCUUGCCCAAGACCUAGAAGAGUUGAAUGAGAGCCUGGAGAUAACUAAGCAACAGGAAGAAAGAUGUCAAAAGCUUUGCUAUGAUGUGGAGGAAGCCACACUGCACUUUGAAGCAACUUCUGACUCUUUGAAAAAGAGACAUACAGAUAGGCUGGCUGAGCUUGAAGGCCAGGUAGAAAGUUUACAACAGGUCAAGCAGGCACUAGAACAAGACAAGACUGACCUGCAGCUACAAGUGGAUGACCAUCUGACCCAUGUGGAUUAGAUGACCAGAGCCAAGGGUAAUGCUGAGAAACUCUGUAGUUUGUAUGAAAGAUGCUUGAAUGAAUCAAACACAAAACUGGAUGAGGUGACUCAGUUGGCCAAUGACCUGAAAGCACAGAAAGCAAAGCUACAUAGAGUGUUCUUUGAUUUCUUUAAACCACUAGAAGAAAAGGAGGCUCUGAUAAAACAACUUGCCCAAGAAAAGAACAACUUCACUGAAAUGGAAGAACUGCGAGGGGAGCUAGAGGAGGAGACCAGGUCUCAGAGUGCCCUGGCCCAUGCCCUACAGUCAGCCAAGCAUGAUUAUGACCUCCGAGAGCAGUAUGAGGAAGAACAAGAGGUCAAGACUGAGCUGCACCGGACACUAUCCAAGGGCAACAAGGAAAGACUGCAGUGGAGACUGAAGUAUGAACAGGACGCCGUCCAGAGAACUGAAGACUUGGAGGAAGCCAAGAAGAAGCUGGCAAUUCGGUUGCAGGAGGCUGCAGAAGCCAUGGCGGAGUCCCACGCCAGGAACGCCUCCCUGGAGUGGCCCAGACACAGGCUGCAGCUCUGGCUUGAGGACGCUCUCUCUGACCUGGGGAAGGCCCGCUCCAAGGCGGCUGCGCUGGAGCAGAAGCAGCUGCACCACAGGGCCCUGGCUGACUGGAAGCAGAAGCAGGAGUCCCAGGUGCUGCUGGAGGCCUCUCAGGAGGAGGCCCGGGCUCUCAGCACUGAGGUCCUCCUGCUCAGGUAUUCUUGUGAGGAGAGCACGGAGGGCCCGGAGAUGCUGAGGAGGCAGAACAAGAACCUCUGAGAAUAGGUUUCUAGCCUAACUAAUCAGGUGAGAGAAGGGAUCAAGAACUUAGCUGAAGCCAAAAAGGUCAAGAAACUGAUUGAGAAAGAGAAGAUGGAAGCCCAGGAGACACUGGGAGAAGCAGAGGGAGCUCUUGAAUAGAAUGAAAGCAAAAGUCUUCAUUUCCAGUUUGAACUCGUGGAAGCAAAAGCAGAACUGGAAAGAAACCUUUUAGAGAAAGAGGAAGAAACAGAAAAUGCUAGGAGGAUGCAUCAGCAUGCUAUGGGUUCCCUACAGUCUAGUCUGGAUUCUGAAACUAGAAGCAGAAUUGAUGCCAACUGACUGAGGAAGAAGAUGGAAGGGGACCUCAAGGAGAUGGAAAUUCAGCUUUGCAUUGUUAACCGGCAGGUGUCACACAAAUCCUUGAGCCAGCUUCAGAAUCAAAUGAAGGACCUUCAGCUGCAACUGGAUGAUAGCACACACCUGAACAAUGAUCUGAAGGAGCAGGUGGCUGUGGCUGAGCAGUGCAACCCUCUUCAGUCUGAACUAGAAGAACCGAGGUCCUUGCAAGAGCAAGAGUGUGGGCACAGGCUGGUAGAAAAAGAACUUCUAGAAGCCACAGAAAAAAAAAAAAUCAAUCUUUUCCAUAUCCAGGUUAUGUGGCAUGAAGCAGAAUUCCUAGAUCCUUCACCAUUUUCUGGAAUCAGGAGAAGCCACAGUGAACUAGACAAAUGUCUUACAAUAAAACACAGCCUCCUCAUCCAGAAGAAGAAACUGGAGGCUGAUGUUGCUCAGAUGCAGAAAGAAGUUGAGGAGAUGGUGCAGGAAUGUCAAAAGGCAGAGAAAAGGCCAAGAAGGCAGCCACUAAGGGUUUGUUCUGGACCCAUAAAAGUGCAACUUUAUGCAGUAACUCCAAACUUGCUUUAUGACAGUAAGGCAGAAGAAGAUAAGAAAAAUAUGAGCAGGAUGCAGGCUCUGACUGAUAAACUUCAGCUGAAAGUGAGAAGUUACAAACAGCAAGUGGAGGUCACAGUAAGAGCCAGAGCUAAUCAGUAUCUUUCCAAGUAUAAGCAGCAGCAGCAUGAGCUGAAUGAAGUCAAGGAAAGGGCCGAGGUAGCAGAAUCUCAAGUCAAUAAACUCAAAGCUAAAGCAAGAGAGCUUGAAAAAAAAGGACUGCAUAUGACUCCAAGCACUGAGAGAGCUAAAAAAUAUUACCCCAGGCCAAAAAGGCAAGGUAGCAGCGAUGAGCAACAGCUUCAGGAUGCCAAAUCCCGGUAUGGGUAG